GAACAACUUUAACAGUGGACAAUGCAGACAGCAGAAGUUUGUCUGGCUCAGUGUGAUAAUGACUGCAAGGCUUACUGCUGUGAUGGGACUACUCCCUACUGCUGUUCAUAUUAUGCCUACAUUGGGAAUGUCCUUUCAGGCACAGCAAUAGCCGGGAUCGUUUUUGGCAUAGUCUUUAUAAUGGGAGUGAUCGCCGGGAUUGCCAUCUGUAUCUGCAUGUGCAUGAAGAACAACCGUGGGACUCGAGUCGGGGUCAUCCGCACAACGCACAUCAACGCCAUCAGCACCUACCCAGUGGCUCCACCACCGUACAGCUAUGAAUACGAAAUGGAGUACCCCGUUGAUCUACCUCCACCAUAUACUCCAACUCCACAGACUUCAAUACAGUAUCCCCCACCCCCUCCUUACCCUGGAUAUUCAGGGAAAUAAUUACAUGGCUUCACCUGGAUAUUAACUGCCUGUUGAAACAGCCAGCACCGUUGGAACAAAUAUUUUUGGCUCAGGGACAAGUAGGAUGGGGUUUGCAUCAACACAUCUGGUCAGAUGAUGAAAUAACCAAGGAGGGUUGAUGUGGCUCAGGGCAAAAAAAAAUACUGUCCACGCUGGACCAUCACAUUUCAUGGUUAAACAAUGUGUGACCAAAGUUCCUCCAAGUCAGUGCCUGAUGAGUAGCCCUUAGUACCAGUGCUUAGCCUCAGCUGCAGCCUGUUACAGCCCACGGGAUCCAUGGUCUUCCCAUUUAGGAACAUGCAAAUGUUGUAAAUAGUUCAAUAAGGUCUGUUUCAAACACAGUAGAGACAGCUGCUGGAACUUAUUCUGGGGGAAAAUUCCAACUGUGGUCUUCAAACAUGUGAUACACCUUUCCAUGAGACAGGGGGAAUAAGGGAGAACAAGUAAGACUGAAGCUAUUUUCAGUUUCUACUUCAGGAUGAUAAUAACUGAUGAUCAGCUGUGCAUAUUGACCUUGACAAAGAGAAGUGCUGUUGGGUUCCUCAGUAACCAAAAAAUGAUGUGAUGGUAUUUUUGGCCAAGUGCAGGCUGUUUUAAGUGCCUACUUUUAAACAUGUUGAGACUAGUUUGUGGCCUAAAAUGUAAACAUAAGGAGCAUUUUUAUAUGUGAAUUACACUAAUUUAUAGCUGAUUAACUUUUACGUGGACUUAGAUACUGUGUACAUUGGACAAUGCCACAAUGCCUUUUUUAAGACCAAAUGAUACUUUGAUUUUUUAAUAAAAUAUUAAUUCAGGUAAACUCACAAGUGGGAGAAGAAAAACAAAUCAAUUAUUAAAACAUCAUAGAUCUGUGUUUCAAUUGGAUUGCCUAAAGACCUUUUUUUUAAAUUAAAAAAAAAUCAUAGUGUUUUCUGGUAGUAAUGAUAUUCAGCCUAAGCAAAGAGAUGAGAAGAGAGACUGUGAGCAUCAGAUUACUUUUGAAUGUUGUCCUGGACAUUCUAAAACUCUAAGUCGCCAAAUAGUAUUUUUUGCAUUUGUCAUGCAUAUUGUUCAAAAUUAUUUAAUCUCUACUAUGUAAAGUACAGACUUUCAUGAUUGAAAAUCUUCUAUAUACGUAUUGGUCUAACUGUAAUUCAGCAGCAGCUAUUUCAGAACAGAGUAUCCAGUUACCUAAAGCAUCGUUCAUCCUAAAGCAUCAUCCUUCAAUGACAAGACUGGUUUUAUAUGCAAACCAAAAGGCAAUGGUUCUCUUCAGGGAUUUAGAAGUGUUACCACUUAGUUUACUCACUUAGUUUGAGUUGGGUAGCUGGGCAGCUGGAGAACUGUGCAGCCAAAAUACUGGAAGGUGACAAAAUACGACACCUGGUUCAAGACAGUUCAGGACAGCUGUGGCAUCAAGUUCAUUUCAGAGGCGAAGCUUCAGGUUACCACCGAUUCCUAGAGAUCUGAAGGUAUUUAAAUGUUUUCCAGUACAGCCCUCAUCUUUUUUUUUUUCAGAUGUUUCCACGUGUUAAUGAACUGAAAAACAGCUUGCAAAAGGUGGCAUCCAUAUCCCCGUGAAGCCAGAUAACAAACUUUCUUGUCACCCCCUAAGUGAGAUAUUUUCGGCAUUCAGUCCUGAUUCAGGGAAGAACUCAAGCAACCUUUUAACUCUGAGUACAAAACUUAUUCAGAAGCUUUCUUGCAUCCAAGACCUUAUUGACUGUUCUUGCUCAGAUUUUGUAAUUGUAUUUGUCCUUUCCAAGAUGACUAACCUUACCCUCUUGAAAACCGCACUAGAAAGCACAAAUGGCCUGAGUCUUUACCGCUCUAGGUUUAGACCUGUGUUUUGGUUGCUGCUUCUUCUGUGGAGCCUUCCCAAGGAAGGAAAGUUGCAUUCUCAUUUCUGUUUCGCUGUUCUGAGGUGACAAAUCCUAAACUAGGUUAUCUUUACAAUUACUUCUCCGGGCUUUGUCCUGUGACAUCUCUGCUGCUAACAUGACCUCUCCUAAGAUGGAUGUUCUUCAGUUGCAAUCCUCCUGUGAAUUAUAACCUUCUGGGUUUUGGCACUCCCUUCUCAAAACCAUCUGUAGGGGUGCUGGUGGGCCUGCCAAACUUCCCAUCUGGGUUGGUGGUCAGUGUGAAGAACAGAAUAAGCAUGGUGUUCUGUGCGGGAAGUCCUGCUUCUACAAAGUUCUACGCUACUACCUCAGCACUUUACCCUUGAUUGCAUUGGAUGAUAUUUCUGUGCCAAAAAGUUACCUGUAGAUAAUGAUUAUUUGUCAUUUCCCCCAUUUGUGUAUUUCAUGUCUUUGUACUAAGCGUGUGGACACACCAAUCAAAAAGUAGUUUGUACUUGAUGAAUCCAGUCUCCUGAAAAAUACAGAGAAAUAAAAGUCUGCUAAAUCUCCCCUUAGAGGAAGAAUUUCUCCACCUGUGACAUUUGUCAGAACAAGUUACAAAGCAGAUUUCUUAAAUAAAAAGGCAUUCCAGGAAAACAGUU